UUCCAGUCUGCUAACGGUUAUCAUUGGUCAAAAUGGCGGAGAAAGUGUUUCCAGAGAAGUUAGUAUCAGAGAGGAUAGACAAAAUACAUGAAAUGUUGUAUAGGUGCAAUACACUAGAGAAAACAAUAGAAGGAUUGACGAAGCUACAGAGAAAGCUAUUAGCAGAGUUGAAAUUCUUAACAUCCUUAAAAAGCUCUGAGCUGACAUUGAAGCACCCGCACAUCAAAAGCACCAAUCUUUGAUUCCUCGAAGCUGUGUUAGAGACUGUGGAAAGUGAAGGCAAUGUUACUGCUGUGUUCAAGCCAUUUUCUUUUGUGGGCAACAAGUCAAUACAGUUAAGUUGUACUGUGGAUAUUGUUUGCAAAAGUGGCUGUUGUUGGAUUAAGGUUACUGCAAGAAAUGCUUCUGCAUUACACAGGACAUGGCAAGGGCAAGGAAACUUUGGUGAAAAAGACAUUAUCCACCAAGCAAAGGAGUUAUUAGAAGCAAGCAAGCAACACCCUGUAAAUUAUUCACCUCCAGUUGUUAUAAUUUCCUGUUGUCAGGGCAUCACAGAAUCUCUGGCAAAAGCUUUGAGAAGCACGGGUAUUUGUGUCAAAGGAAAACUUUUACCAGACCCCGAGAAAGGUGCUUUGGCUGGUACAUGUAAUGAUGACACAUUUACUGAUAACAGGCUUCCUGCUGAAUUUUAUGAAUUUGAAUGUGCUUCUGUUAAUCUUGAUGUCACCACCAUGAUUGCCUAUGUAUCUGCAUUGACCAAUGGAGGCUGUGGAUUCAUCUUCAAGGAGGCCAUUUUGACCAAACAAGCAAAAGAAGAACAGCAUAAUCCAGUACUUCCAAAGUUAAAGGCUUUCUUUAAAGGGAAAAAGUUAUUUGCAUGUCAGUCAGCAGUAAGAGACUUCAGCGCCAUUUUACAAACAAUUGGUGGUCAUAACGAACAGGAGCGGGCCAGGGCUCUCCUUGAAAAUGUUACAGUUGUUGAGGAUAAUCCUUCAACUAGGUCCCUUAGUAUGAGCACAAGUGGAAGCAUUAAGAACCUCGGUACUAGAGGUACUGAGAGGAAUAAGUUUGAUCGUGCACACAGUAGUUCCAGAAAAGUAUCGCUUUUGGAAAACCAGAGUGGGGUAUGCAAAAGACCCAUUGCAGUUGAAAGUGGGCCUCAAGGAAAAGUGCUCGUGUUAGACUAUGACAUCGAAUUCGGAGAGACUCGUCUCGUAGAAUUACGUUUGCAUCAACCAGUUGAUGUUCACGUUCGGAAAGAGACAUUCAAGGAUGCAAGGGACCUUUGUUUUACCAGUGGUAUAGUUUUCGUUUCUGAAAGAGGAUCUGGGGCAAUCCGUGUUAUUGACUUGGAAGGCAAAGUACGUUUAAAGCCGGAGGGCCUGAAAUCGCGAGCAGAGCUACUUUCACGGCUGGGUCGUUUUAGCUUGCCACAGGAGGGCACAAUGCCAAUUCUUGGGAAGCGACUUGCGACACAUUUACAAGCCUUAGCUGCACAAGUUAAGAACCCAGAAAUCAUCCAGCUUAACACGCCUUUAGUAAAACCAACGUCAAUUUGCGUGGCGAGUACGGACAUCCUUUUGUGUGCGGAUGACGAACACCAAAGGAUUAUUCAAUUGGAACUAGGCUAUAAUGGGGUUGCCGUCGUUGGUACUAGCAUGCGAGAAAUAAAUUAUCCAGAUGGUGUUUCAAGUAUUGAAUCUCUGUGUGGAGACGGUCAGCACACGUGGCUGCAUCUGGUAAAGCAGGUGGGUUAUACGACUGUGACCUCGCAAAUUCAAACGUCAAACAGCUCUUGCGGAAUUCGUCCGAUUCAUGCUGUAAAAUCAAGAGGCUGUGUCAUUAUGGCGACGUCAUUGUCUUCACUGACAUUGUAG